GAGAUCGGGUUGCGCGUUAUGUGGGGUCGCAACGUUUACGACUCUAUCGCCAAGUUCUUGCAGUUUCAGUUGACCGUCAAUAUUGUAGCCGUCAUUGUUGCUUUCCUCGGUGCUUGCUUUAUUCAAGAUUCUCCGUUGAAACUUGUCCAGAUGUUAUGGGUCAACCUCAUCAUGGACACGUUAGCCUCUCUAGCUCUUGCCAUUGAAAUGCCCACCACCGACCUGCUUAUGCGCAAACCUUAUGGUCGCACCAAACCGCUCGUCUCUCGUACUAUGAUAAAAAAUAUCAUUGGACAAGGCAUAUACCAGUUGACAGUCAUUUUCACUCUCUUAUUCGUCGGCGAGAAAUUUUUGGACAUUGAUUCGGGUCAAUACAGAACCGAUUCCGAGCCCACACAGCAUUUUACCAUCAUCUUCAACACUUUUGUGAUGAUGACAUUGUUUAACGAAAUCAACGCCAGAAAGAUUCACGGCCAGCGUAACGUCUUCGAAGGCAUUUUCACAAACCCCAUUUUUUAUUGCAUCUGGAUAGCUAACGCGGGUGCACAGGUGCUUAUUGUGCAAUUUGGUGGUCAUGCGUUUUCAACAGUCCCACUUACGAUCGCCCAAUGGGCUUGGUGCAUCUUUUUCGGCGUAGGAACUCUUGUAUGGUACCAAGUGGUGACGACGGUUCCCACCAGUGCAUUGAAUCACCCUUGAUUCUUUUCAAUCUUUCAAUUUUUCAACUGUUAUGCCUUACAAAGUCCCUUCCGACCCUUGUACCUUAUUCAUUAUUUUAGGUUUACAUCUUUCGCUUCGCCGUAAUGUCCUGUUCCGUUCUGCUCUAAUUUCCAUCUAGAACCUUCACUUGAAGUUUGCUUUUUUGUUCCUUAUGUAAAUGUGCCCAUAGAGUAUUAUGGAGAGCAAGACUACCUUAAAGAAAUUCCCGAUCCCUGCCUUGAACCUGUUGAUCUACUUGAAGAGUAUAUCCAAAUCAUUCAAAAUUUUGGUAAAAGAUAGAGCAUAUCUUAAUUAAUCAAUGUCGGUUACUGCUAGUGGUUGUAGUUAUUGCAAAUAUUGUUUUGUUUGUGUA